GUUAUAAUUAGACUAUUGACGAUUAUAAAUCUAUAGUAAUGUAUCAUAAUUGAAGCAAAUAAUGAUAACAGUAAAAGCUCGUUAAGGCCCAUGUACAACCCUUUUUAACCUGCUUAAUUUUUGUAUAUAAGGAUCCGUUUAAAGCCCGGACCAUUUAAGGCUGUCCUGUUUAUAGCAUGCAUAUUUGGGCACCCAAUGGUCCGCAGCCUAUUCCACAGUUGUAAUUCAUAUUAGUUUUGUAUUGCCUAAAAUUGCGUAAAAUAGGACACUCAAAAUGGAAAAUGCUAACGUCAUUUGGAUUGGAGAGUGCAAUGAUGAAAGACGAAAUAGCCCAAAUGCUUGAACCAUGAAAGGAACUAGCUAUAUGGAUCUGUAUUGAGGAACUGAAAGCUGUACAAGAGUUAGAAAAUUGCUUAAAGAGGAAUCAAAUCAAAUAAGUCAAAAGGAAGGAAGCUUCCGCUUAAUAAUUUCUGAUCUCACAUGAGAAGUUGGUAGUUAAAAAAUUACUUGUCUCACGUCUUGACUUUGAAAGUUAUCAUCUCCAUCAUAUUUAAUAACUAGUUGGGCUGUUGACCUUUGUUAAAUUAGGUUGAAUUUAUUGUCAAUAUUAGCAUCUUAACAGGAAGUCAAGAGGCACACACACUUCAUAAGCCAAGGAGAUAUAUAUCAUCCAAAAAUCAUAUGGCAAUGGGAAGGACUCCAAUAACUUAUAAAGUGUGCACACCAUCUUCAUUUUGUUGAUGUGGGAUAAACCUUCCCAACAUAAAUGCUUUAUCAGCAGCCUCCCAAUUGCUAUUAUUAACAGCCUCCUCCUUGUUUGUAUCAGCAACCUACUUAUUGUCCUAAGCACAUACAGACAUAGUGACCAAAACUCCAUGUUCAUGAUGAGUAGCUUGCGGCCUGAUAAAGAAGCCGGCUUCUGGUCAUGGUGGUGGAGUACCAAUAAAACCGAUGCUACUUCUAGGCACAUCUUGAUCACCUUAGUCCUCUUGUUUGUUAUCUUCUGGUUUAUGUUCUCGAUUAAGAAACAAAACAAUACUAUGAACCUUCGUCUGCCUCCUGGACCGUGUGGUCUACCUAUAGUCGGAUACCUUCCCUUUUUAGGUUCAAAUCUCCACCAAAGCUUCAAAGAAUUGACUAGUUCAUAUGGCGCAAUCUUCAGAAUCUGGCUUGGAAUGAACGAGUGUAUCGUAGUAAGCUCACCUUCUCUUGCCAAAGAGGUGCUUAGGGAUCAAGAUGCCGCGUUUGCCAACAGAUUACCCACGAUUGCUUUAAAAAGUCUUCUGUUUGGUACAACCGACAUAGCGUUCUCUGAUUAUGGCCAGGAAUGGCGAAAGAUGAGAAAAAUUUUUGCAAGCGAGAUGAUGAGUCGAACCAGCCUUGACGCUAGUUAUAGCCUUAGGAUACAACAUGUGAAAAAGAUGUUAAAAGAAAUCUAUAUGAAAGCCGGUGAGCAGGUUGAUAUAGGUGCAAUAGUUUUCUUAACUCUUAUUAGUGCAGCCAUGAGCAUGAUAUGGGGGGAUAAUCUUGAAGCAGAUACAUCUUCUGUCAUUAAUUCUGAGUUUCGAGGUGUUGUUAAUGAACUAUUUGAACUUUUGGGGAAACCAAAUAUUUCAGACCUUUUUCCAUUUCUUGCUUGGUUUGAUUUACAGGGAAUAGCACACCAAAUGAAGAUUAUCUCAAGUCAGUGCGAAAAGAUCCUCGAUUCAGUCAUCAAUUGUCGUAAUGCUGAAGAAGACGUUGAACGAAAGGACUUCCUAGGUUUCCUCCUACAACUUACCGAAUGUGAAGAUCCUACAAGAUCCUUAAGCUUGCCUCAAGUCAAGGCCAUUCUCAUGGAUGCUGUAAUUGGGGGAACAGAUACUACAGCUGCUACGGUUGAGUGGGGCAUGGCGGAGAUCCUGCAGCAUCCGAAAGUAUUGGAGAAAGUCCAAGAAGAACUUACCGAGGUUGUGGGAUUGGACAGUACAGUUGAUGAGGAUCAUUUGCCCAAAUUAAAGUAUCUGAAUGCAGUUCUAAAGGAGACGCUUCGUUUGCACCCAUCUCUACCUCUUCUCGUUCCGCAUUGUCCAAGUGAGCCUUCCACUAUUGGCGGAUUUAGCAUAUCAAAAGGUUCUAGCAUCUUUGUCAAUGUAUAUGCUAUUCACAGAGACCCAAAGUAUUGGGAAGAUCCUCUAGUGUUUAAACCUGAGCGGUUUUUAAGUGGAUCUGCUGCUGAUAAUCUCAACUAUAUGGGCAACCAUUUUCAUUACCUGCCAUUUGGGUCUGGGAGGAGAAUAUGUGCCGGAAUUUCACUUGCCGAGAGGAUGUCUUUGCUUUUAUUGGCUUCGCUACUGCAUGCAUUCCGUUGGGAGUUGCCAAAUGACACAGCACAGGUUGAUUUCUCUGAGAAAAUUGGCCUUGUGAUGAAAAAAGCAAAUCCUCUUUUUGCUGUACCUACUCCUAAACUCUCCAGCUCUGAGCAUUAUUUUCACAAAGAUUAGCAUGUUAUGAAAAUGUCAUUUUGUUUGCUAUAUACAGUCUCAAAUCUUCACUAUAUACAGUAUUUUGUACUUGUCAUCACAUUUUACUUCAAUGUACAAAUGAAUCAUUCUAUUAAAUAUCUAUUUAGUGUUAUGGUGGUUGUA